UGAAGAAACAUAGACCAAAUUAUACAUACAUGCUGCCAUAUUAUAAAUAUAGAUAGAUAUAUGUUGGACAAAACAACCCAGAUAAAAUAAAAUAUAUAGAGCCGGCAACCAUCGCCGCCGCCGCCGCCGCCGUAGAACUAAAAAUGUCACUCGCCUUCAAUACCGGUGUUACCCCUUUCUCCGGCCACAGAGUUGGGAGCAGGAGAGAAAAUCUUCGAGUGCAAGGAUUUCCGAUGGCCACCACCAAUAAGCCAUCUCUCACCGUUAAAUGCAGCCUUACUACAACAAUUGAUUUGAUGGGGAAAAUAAAAGAGAAGUUGAAGGGGGAAGACGAUAGUUCUCCGGCAACUGCGAGUGUUGAAGCUGUGAAUAAUAUACCCUCUAAUCUGUGUAUAAUCGACACCCUUCAAAGGUUGGGAGUCGACAAAUACUUCCAAUCUGAAAUCAACACUAUUCUAGACGACACAUACAAGUUGUGGAAACAGAAACACAAAGUUAUAUACUCCACAGUUAGUAUCCAUGCAAUGGCGUUUAGGCUUUUGCGAGUGAAAGGAUAUGAAGUUUCAUCAGAGGAACUAGCUCCAUAUGCUAAUCAAGAGCGCUUUAGCCAGCAAACAAUUGAUGUGGCGAUGAUUAUCGAGCUUUACAGAGCAGCACAAGAGAGAAUAUUUGAAGAAGAGAGCAGUCUUGAGAAAAUACUUGCUUGGACUACCACCUUUCUCAAGCACCAGUUGCAAACUAACUCCAUUUCUGACAAGAAAUUGCACAAACUGGUGGAAUUCUACUUGAAUAACUACCACGGCAUAACCAUAAGGUUGGGAGUUAGACGAAACCUCGACCUAUAUGACAUGAGCUAUUAUCAAGCUAUCAAAGAUACAGAUAGGUUCUCUAAUCUAUGCAACGAAGAUUUUCUAGCAUUUGCUAGGCAAGAUUUUGCUACUUUCCAAGUCCAGAACCAGAAAGAACUUCAGCAAUUGCAAAGGUGGUAUGCAGAUUGUAGGUUGGACACCUUGAAGUUUGGAAGAGAUGUUGUGCUCAUUAAUAAUUUUCUAGCUUCCUUAGUUAUCGGUGAUCUUGCGUCUGAUCAUGCUCGUCUAGCCAGUGCUAAAACAUCUGUGCUUGUCACACUCAUUGAUGAUUUGUUCGAUCAUGGUGGUUCCACACAAGAGUGCUACAAGAUUCUUGAAUUAGUAAAAGAAUGGAAAGAGAAGCCGGCUACUGCAGAAUACGGUUCCGAAGCAGUAGAAAUUCUUUUUACAGCACUGUACAAUACAGUGAAUGAUUUGGCGGAGAUGGCUCAUGUCGAACAAGGACGCAGUGUCAAACAAUUUAUAAUUGGAUUGUGGGUUGAAAUACUAUCAGUUUUCAAGAUAGAAUUAGAUACAUGGAGUGAUGGCACGCAACUAAGCUUGGAUGAGUACAUGUCUUCCUCGUGGGUGUCGAUUAGUUACAGAAUUUUAGUUCUCGUUUCGAUGCAAUUCAUCGGCGCAAAAUUGUCCGAUCAAAUGCUUGUGAGUCAAGAGUGCACUGAUUUGAGUAAGCAUGGUUCGAUGGUUGCCCGGCUGCUCAACGACGUCUGCAGUUUUGAGAAGGAGCGCAACGAGAAUACAGGAAGCAGUAUGAGCAUUCUGCUAGCCGUUGGGAGAGAUGGAAGAGGUGUUAGUGAAGAGGAAGCUAUUGCAGAGAUAAAAGAAAUAGUUGAAUAUCACAGGAGAAAAGUGAUGCAGAUUGUGUAUAAAAAAGGAACCAUUUUCCCAAGAAAAUGCAAAGAUAUAUUUAUGGAGGCAUGUAAGGUUGGUUGUUAUGUGUACUCGAGCAGCGACCAAUUUACUUCUCCUCAACAAUUGAAGGAUGAUUUGAAAUCCUUAUUAUAUUACCCUCUUUUUCUGAUAAAAAAAAAAUUAAUUCUUUUUGCAAUACUAAUUAUAUCCUGA